UCAAUUUUAGAAUCUGAACUUAUAAAACAAAUGGCAGAGAUUUUACCUACAAAUUAUUCAUAUAUAAUAAAUGAAUUUUGUGAAUUCAGCCUAUUAAUUACUAAUGAAAAUAUUGUAAUAAAUCAAAUUAUUAGUACAUUUUAUGUGAAUAUUGAUUCUGCUGAACAUGCACAUGCAUGGCUUGAAAAUUUUUAA